AUGAUCCACAGGUUGGUCGAGAUUUUGCCGCAGGCGUAUCCGGAUCAUGCAUCGCAUUGGCGCUUUCCAAAGAUUCACAUGAUUGUCCACAUGCUGGACAAUGUGAUCAUGCGCGGAAUGCCGCACCACUACAGCACGGAGAUGUGGGAGCAUACCCACAAGGGGACGGUCAAGAUCCCGGUCAGGGGCAGCAACUGGAAGGACAUCCCCCGACGCAUCGUGGAGGAGGAGGUGCAGAGAGAGAUCUGCAGGGAGGUGGCACAGGACGCGGGUGGCGGGCGUGAGUAUGCGACGGCGCGGCGCGAGGCUGUUGAGACGAUGAAGCCCGUGCUCACGAGGAAGGGACUCACAAUGCAGCCGGCGGAGGAGGGAGAUGCGGUGAUGGGUACCUACCGUACGGCACUUGGCGACCUCAUGGAUGCGCUACCAGGCAGCAUGGUGGCUGCCAAGAUCACCACAUCUGAGGUCGUGGUGCGUACACAUGCGCAAGUGUAUCCUCCACCAAGGUUGUUGUUGUUGAGUGCUUAG